ACACUGUUAUAUUAUCAAUAUACUACAUGUACUCUUCCUUUAUUUUGUGUUAGAGAUUACCCUGUUCAUAUUUAUCUGUUUUGUUUGAGAUUGCCCUGUUUAUUUUUCCAUUUUAUUAGAGAUUACCAUGUUCAUAUCUUUGUAUUGUCUAAAAUAUUGCCUUGUUCUAUCUUUAUAGAGAUUGUCCUGUUCACAUAUUCCAUAUUUUCUUGCUCUGUUUCAGAGAGCGUAACAUGAACACGUUUGUGUUGAGACCUCACUGCGGUGAAGCCGGCCCGGUCCAUCAUUUAGUCACAUCCUUCAUGCUGGCACAGAACAUCUCACAUGGCUUACUUCUCAGAAAGUCUCCAGUGUUGCAGUACCUGUACUUCCUGAGUCAGAUUGGGAUCGCUAUGUCGCCUCUGAGCAACAAUUCUCUCUUCCUCAACUACCAUCGCAACCCACUCCCAGAGUUCCAUGCGCGUGGUCUCUGCGUCUCCAUCUCUACCGACGACCCUCUUCAGUUCCAUUUCACAAAGGAACCUUUGAUGGAGGAGUACAGUAUUGCAGUACAGGUCUGGAAGCUUACUACUUGUGACAUGUGUGAACUGGCCCGUAACAGUGUCGUCAUGAGUGGAUUCGAUGCUGAGACUAAGGACCAUUGGCUUGGUCCAAACCACCGCAAGGAAGGACCGGCCGGUAAUGAAAUCACCCGUACCAACGUCCCCGACAUCAGGGUGGCGUUCCGGCACGAGACGCUCUGCGGCGAGCUCUUGACAAUCUGCAGAGCAGCUCAGGAUCAGAGUGAACACCUGACACCGCUGCCAAAGAAACUGUAGAUUAGGAGUGCUGAUAAAGGCUAGGACUGGCUCCAGCAAAGAAGUUUGAUGUCGAGAGAGCUAAGAGAGGGUUGAGUUGGUUCUCUCAAAGAAGUUUGAGAUUAAGAUCACUGAGUUGGGCACCUUGUCAAGAAGUCAGAGCCACGUCUUUCCUGCGGCAAUCCUGCAAGCUGCUCUUCAUUACCACUCAUCGCGUUUCAUCAUAGACAACAUUAUGGGUAAUGCAGGAAAGCUUAUAUCCUAAAUCGCAGGAUUACCCCUAGAAGACGCUGCACAGAUUUUUGACAAGUUGCUUUUGAUUAGUAGCUCUGAUCUAGGGUUGGAUUAGCUCUUACAAUAAGUAUUAGGUAUAGAGAGAGCCAGCUCUGCCAAAGCUUUAGAUUAGGAAGGCUGAUAGAGUUGGAUUGGCGCUUCCAAGUCAGUUUCAUAUUGCAGGCAUCGAGAGAAGCCUGGAUAGGCUCUCGCAAAGAAGUUUAAGGUAAGGAGAGGUAAUCGCAGUGAGUAGCAUGCUGUUUUGUAGCCCUUUUGAAAAACGGCCAGAAAACCGCAAAUUAUGUCCAUCUAAAUGUGCCAAUGGGGUCAAGUGCAUAACAGGACUAUGAAUUUUGUCCAUUUUGUGCAGCUUUUCUAAGUGUGAAAAGGGGGUUGAGUCGGAUCUCUCUCGAAGUUUCGGUUCAGAGAGUUAUCGAGCUGUACAAGACCAUGGCCUUGGAUUGCUGAGUUUUGCAAUGGUUUGCAAAUAUACAAAUUGUAUUAAGAUGAAAGUUUGUUUUGAACAAAUUGUUCAUGCGACAAUGAUCUUUAUCCAGCUUACUACAGUACGUUUCCUUAGUCUCCUGACUAUUGUAACAGCCUUUCAAUUCUUCAACAAUGGCUGUUUAAAUGGACAUCAUGCAUACAUGUAUGACGUAAUAAUCUCACAGCACCCUCCCUCAGAGGAUAUAGGAAUACAUGUAAACAAUGUUGUCAGAGAUGCGCCAGCUGCAGAUCACCAAUGCAUGCACGGCAGCGGUUUCAGGCUCUAAGAUGGCGGCGUGAUGUUGUCAAUGCAUGUGGUCUGUAGACAUCUUAUUUGCAUCUGACAUCAAACUUUGUUGAAGUCAUGUUUUUGUGACAUUUUGAAAUAUGUAUUUGAAAUUUGCAAAUAUUGUUGCACUUACUAAUGUACUUAGUUAUUUCAUUCCAUUUUGAAAAAUAUGCACUUUAGUGAUUACAUUCUAUUACUGUAUACACCGUGUAUUUCACGUCCGCAUAUUUUCAUGAUUUUGCUACAAGAUGGCAAAUUUGCAACUGUAUAUAUUUUUCCCAAAUUUCUUGUAUUUGCAUUCUCUUUGUACAUAAAUAUCAUAAAAAUUUUGUGUUCUGUAAGUCACAAAAUUUACAAUAAAUAAUGAAACCACCAAAAAAUAUUUAGCAUAUAGAGUCCGUUUGGCCACACAUGUCUUUUACACUGCCUUUUAAUUUACCUCUUUAUGCUCCUAUGGUUGAAACCACUCUUUAGUUUGUAUCUCGUUUAUUUCACAGCAUCAUUGUUUCAACCUUGUCAGCACAAAUACUGAACAUCAUUUCGUUAUUCAUAGGCUGCUAUGUGCUUGCGAACAAGGUGACACGUCAUUUGGUCCGGCGACAAUUGCUCCGGGCUUUAUUUCAUCUAAGAUAAAGGGUUGGGGUUAGGGUUGCAAUAGGGAUUUAUGUUAGAUUUAGGGUUAAGUUUAGGAUAGGGUGUAGGGUUAAUUCAAGUUUAAGUUGGUCAUUCCAUUAGUGUGUGGAAUUUACAGCGGAGCAAUUGUCGCCGGAGCAAAUGUCACGGAACCGCGAGCAAAGUACAUGUUUCUGAGAGGUCUCAGGAAGGUUUCCUAAUGCAGGGUUAUAUAAAAUACAUUAAUACCAAACCAUCACAAAACGUCUCUCAUGCGUUAUCUGCUAGAAUGACUCGCAUUCUCCUCAUGAGUGCAAAAGUGCUUUUAAAAUUGAACUGUAGCGCACCAUCACAAAGUACUAAAAAAAAAAAAAAACUUCUAGUAUCACAUGUAAUCCGCUAGAAUGACCAGUAUGCUCCUCUCCUCCUUAUAGUGCAAACUUGCUCCUACAUCUAGCAAACUAUUAUAAAUACUAUAAGAUGGACAUUUUGUCACACAUAGUCCACUAGAAUGACUGGCGUUCAGUUCUCCUCUCCAUGUGUUCUGGUAUCCUUCGUUGUGUUUGCAAACUUGCCCUUUAUUUUGUGAAAGAUUCAAUUUCAGAGUACACAGCUGUAGAUUCUGUGUUAUAGGCACAUAUCAACUUGUCAAGAUGCACAGUAUGCUAUUAAGUAUUUUGAUGACAUAAUACCAAUCAUCCAACAUGUAUAGUUUAUGGAAAUGCAUUGUAGAUUUAACAAGGAUGAUAAAUUGUGAUGAUGAAGCUGCAAACGGGAGUAGACAUCCCGCGCAUAGUGCAAUUUCUGCCAAAUAUUAAAGCGUGUCAGAGAAGUAUUAAAAUCUAAGCUACCUAUUGUGGCAAUUAAAUGUUGGUUAGGAUAAACAUCAAGAAAAUCAAACAAAAUAUCACCUUUUAAAGCUUUUCCUCAUUUCCUGUGCGAGCAGAGACACGCGAGAAAGUACACGCCUCGCACAAAGUGCACUUUUUACCAAAUAAGGGUGUCACAGAAGUCGUUAUUGUGGCAGUAUGUUGGGUAGAUCAAACAGAAAUAAAAUCAAAUAUCACAAUAUAAAAGCUUUUUCUCAUUUCCUGUUGUAGAGGUCAAUUGAAGUUAAAGGAGUUUAUAGUUAUCUGAAAAUUAAAAUUUAGAAUGCAGUGAUUUGAUGGUGCUAUGAAUUCAUUGUUUCAUUGGACAAGUUUCAUAGAGUUUGAUUCACAAUAACAUGAAAUAAAUCUUUAGUGCUAUUUAUAGCUUAAAUGCUCUUUAACGUUUAUGCUUUAUCGUAGAGGUAUAUAUGCGUGGAAUUGUUUCCAUGUUAUUUGUAUAUACAUGUAUGAGAAACAAAAUUGUUUAGAAAUUGCAGGGUUUUCUAUGGCCACUCGAAAUGCUUUGCCAACUUAUUAUGAUAUCCCAUCAUUACAUAAUGGUGCUUGUAUUAGGCAGACUUCCCUGUUUUCCCAUUUUUUCUGUCUUGUUUUAUACUUUCGAUAACUUACUUAAAUAAGAAGUUUAUUAUACAUGUAGAUUAUUUUGUAUUUCAUUAACCUAGAUAUACAUGACAGCAGUCAAGCUUCAGUAGAAAAAAAAUGAAAUAAUAUCCACAAAAAUGACUGGUAAAGAGGUCAAUAGUAAAAACUAUUGCCCCAAACUGAUUUGAGACUAUAUGCCAACUAUUUUGGCCCAAGACAAAGAUAUAUCAGGUCUAUAGUCUCAAGAGCAUUAAGAGGAAACAGAUUUUACUUAUUGCCCAAAUAAAAGAGAAGUCAAUAUUUGUUUUAUAUAUCAAUUUUUUUUAGCAGGGCAUUCGCAAAAACUAUUGUUCUGCUCAAAUCAUGCAAAUAGGUAUUUAAGAUUUACUCUAUUGAUCUUAUCCUUCAACCUAAGCAUUGACCUUGCCUGUAAAAGAAGGUCAAAGCUAUUAAAAGUUAGAUAGCUAAAGCAUGUGCCUUGUCU